UUCCUCCCUUGCAGAGCCAAAUGCACCAUUCUCGCUACAAACUCUGGCGAUUAUGACAUAUUCCCACUUGGUUUCCAUAGCAUCCAUUCCUGAAGAUCCUCAGAAUGGUCUUUGGUCAGGGCGAUCCGCCCAGCUCCCCGAGAAACUUGGCAACCUAGCAAGCCGAAAGAAGCGUUCCCUUUUCCUGAAACUUACUCUGUCCGUGGUGCUGAACCAUUCUGCCGAGGCGCGCCCUCACAAACGCUGUCAGCGUGCUGAAAAAAAAUCUAUCCUGACACUGCCCAAAUCAGAACUGUGUAUCUGUUAUUCACUCACGUCCUCAAAGAGCAGCAAGCUUUCUCCAUCUUAAUUCGACUCUACCGCAGAGCAGAGUUGCGCCGGCGUGAUGGGUGGAGAUCAGAGGCAAGGAGGAAAAACUAAUUGCAGCAUUGCUCACCUGAGACCUAAAAUGAUCCCAUGAGUUUGGAAGUAGUCUGCUUCUUACAGCAAAGACACCAUUUUAAAAAGUACUAUUCUUUUGACUUUGCCCUUACACAAGGGUUCUGUGAUAUUUCCGCCCCUCCGUUUAGAAGCCACAAGAUUUGACCGCAAAAAAAAAAAAAAAGGCUUUGCAAGUCGAGACUUUGCAUUGUUUUCAGUGGACUGACUAGCAGGACAAGGACUCGUCUGCACCUGCCCAAAUACCAUGGCACUGCGCGCGCCCUUUGCCACCGGAUCCUCCCCUUCCAAUGAGACUUUCUGAUUGUGUCUACCAACUCUCCUAUUAGGAAACCGUGGGUUGCUUGCAGCUAUUCUGUUGUAUUCCGUUCUCUCACCCUCCCUCCGCUCUCUCACUCGCACUCUUGCUGGAGGCAUACCAAUACCAUUCUGUUGAGAAGAGAAAGACCACAACUACCUUAAGCGAUUAAGACAAUAUGCGCAAGUCUCGUCUUUCAUAGCGAUCAGUAUUUAAAUCUGGCAAGAGCCGACACCAGUGUUUGCAAGAAUGGAGUCGGUAAAACAAAGGAUUUUGACCCCAGGAAAAGAGGGGCUAAAGAAUUUUGCUGGAAAAUCCCUUGGCCAGAUCUACAGGGUGCUGGAGAAGAAGCAAGAGACCGGGGAGACCAUCGAGCUGACGGAGGAUGGGAAGCCUCUGGAGGUGCCUGAGAAGAAGGCGCCUCUGUGCGACUGCACGUGCUUCGGCCUGCCGCGCCGCUACAUCAUCGCCAUCAUGAGCGGCCUGGGCUUCUGCAUCUCCUUCGGCAUCCGCUGCAACCUGGGCGUGGCCAUCGUGGACAUGGUCAACAAUAGCACUAUCCACCGCGGGGGCAAGGUUAUCAAGGAGAAAGCCAAAUUCAACUGGGACCCGGAAACCGUAGGCAUGAUCCACGGUUCCUUCUUUUGGGGCUACAUCAUCACCCAGAUUCCAGGUGGCUACAUCGCGUCUCGGCUGGCAGCCAACAGGGUUUUUGGAGCUGCCAUACUACUUACCUCUACCCUGAAUAUGCUGAUCCCAUCAGCAGCCAGAGUGCAUUAUGGGUGUGUCAUCUUUGUUAGGAUAUUGCAGGGACUUGUGGAGGGUGUCACCUACCCAGCUUGUCAUGGAAUAUGGAGUAAGUGGGCCCCUCCUCUAGAAAGGAGUAGAUUGGCAACCACCUCUUUCUGUGGUUCCUACGCUGGAGCUGUGAUUGCAAUGCCUUUAGCUGGCAUUCUUGUACAGUAUACUGGCUGGUCUUCUGUAUUCUAUGUCUAUGGAAGCUUUGGAAUGAUCUGGUACAUGUUUUGGCUUUUGGUGUCUUAUGAGAGUCCUGCAAAGCAUCCUACUAUUACAGAUGAAGAACGUAGGUACAUAGAAGAAAGCAUUGGAGAGAGUGCAAAUCUUUUAGGUGCAAUGGAAAAAUUCAAGACCCCCUGGAGAAAAUUUUUUACAUCUAUGCCAGUCUAUGCAAUAAUUGUUGCAAACUUCUGCAGAAGCUGGACUUUUUACUUAUUGCUUAUUAGUCAGCCAGCAUAUUUUGAAGAAGUCUUUGGAUUUGAAAUCAGCAAGGUUGGCAUGCUAUCUGCUGUACCACACUUAGUGAUGACAAUCAUCGUACCUAUUGGAGGGCAGAUUGCAGAUUUUCUAAGAAGCAAGCAAAUUCUGUCAACAACUACAGUUAGAAAGAUCAUGAAUUGUGGUGGUUUUGGCAUGGAGGCAACAUUGCUCCUGGUUGUUGGCUAUUCUCAUACAAGAGGCGUAGCUAUCUCAUUCUUGGUACUUGCAGUGGGGUUCAGUGGAUUUGCUAUUUCUGGUUUCAAUGUUAACCACUUGGAUAUUGCUCCCAGAUAUGCCAGUAUCUUAAUGGGCAUUUCAAAUGGCGUUGGCACACUCUCGGGGAUGGUUUGCCCUAUCAUUGUUGGUGCGAUGACAAAGAAUAAGUCACGUGAAGAAUGGCAGUAUGUCUUCCUGAUCGCUGCUCUAGUCCACUAUGGUGGAGUUAUAUUUUAUGCAAUAUUUGCCUCAGGAGAGAAGCAACCCUGGGCAGACCCUGAGGAAACAAGUGAAGAAAAAUGUGGAUUUAUCCAUGAAGAUGAGCUUGAUGAAGAAACAGGAGACAUUACUCAAAAUUAUAUAAAUUAUGGUACCACCAAAUCUUAUGGUGCCACAACACAGGCCAAUGGAGGUUGGCCCAAUGGUUGGGAAAAGAAAGAGGAAUUUGUACAAGAAGAAGUACAAGACUCAUACACCUAUAAGAACCGAGAUGAUUAUUCAUAACAAAGCUAAUUGCUGGAUUUAUUUUUAGUGUCUGUGAUAAUCGUGAUUGCACACACACACAAAAUGUGUAGACAUGUAAACAUAUCAACCAGGCAAAUCUUGCUGUAAAAAUGAAAUCAAAACAAACUCAUGAAGUUACCAUCAAGUGCAAUCUGUAGAAAUUGUGAAAUUCCAUCAUUUCUAAUCAGGUCAUCCAUUCUUGCAUUUGUGAUUCAAAGGCUGACUGGUCAAACUUGUAGAAGCAAGUAGUUUCUCAUUGGAUUCGUGUGAGCUAGAUCUCAUCACCACUUAGAAAGCACAACUAAAACAGUUGGCACAUCCCAUCCUACAAAGGUUAGGAAGCCAAAGCUACUUGAUCAUGCAAAAUGCACUUAUGUAUUUGUUGCACUGUAUUGCAAGAUACCAUGCAGAAGUCCUGUUAAAAAAAAGUGAAUCUCUCACAUGUUGGCAGUAGUUACAGAGUUUGAAUCAUGGAAUUGGGAUAUCUCUCAACUGGAGAAUGUUGUGGGCUAGCAACUAGCAAGGUGCACUAAAUAAUUGUUGUGACUAUGUAAUGGGGGAUACUUUGUUGGUUCACAAAAGGAAUAUCUUGCAAUGUUUUAUAUGAAAUGCUUCGGCACAAACACUUUUAUCUGUGAAAGAGAACUUGUAAAGUGAGGGAUAUGCUUCAUGUUCUUCCAUUCAUUUACCUUACAGUAUAAAACACUUCAUACUUCAAUAAAAUUUGACUUUUCAUGUAGCAUAUCACAUAACUUUUUUGCAAAAAAUAUAAAAAAUAAAAUAGACUUUAAUGUAUUUUUUAUUACAACUUUGUACUGGUUGUAACUUGGAUUAGAAAAAAAGAUAUAUACAACCUAAAGAAUCUAAUGAGAAAUUUAUUAUUAUUAUUAUAUAGCCCUUAAAAUGCAAUACGAACAACAAAAAGAAUAGAAAUCAUUUAGAUAUCUUUUGUCCUUAAUAAUUAAACAUUAUAUGAAACUUGUGCCACAGAGCUAUAUAUAAUAUGAAAAGAUAAACUUAAUAGAGAUAUUGUAAGUAGACAAUUUUAUUAUUUAAAGUCCCACUUAAAAAGAUAUUUGUCUUAAAUAUAUAGGACAAUAAAUUAUAUUAAAAUUAUAUCUAUAUAUAUCUUUAUAUCUUAUACAUAUCCAUACACAGACACAUAAUAAUCUUCACAAAAAAACAAAAAUAGCAUACACCAAAUGUUGGGUUAGGGGACUGCAAUUUCUACUUUCAUAGAGUCAUAGAAUUUAAGAUGGGGCAGAGGCAUUUCACUUGUCAUUUCUUAAUAUAACUGAACAGGAAUUGCAACAUUUGUGUUCCAAGCAAUAAGUGCAAUACAUAAAAUUUCCUGUCUGUAUAUUACCUUCAUUUUGCUUGUGGUAGCUGUUUGGGUGGUUGGAAUGAUUUUUUUUCUUUUAAAAAGGUUAACACCAGAUUUCUUUAUAAUGCUCUAAAUGAUAAAAAUGCAUUUCCCAGUACAACACAAAAUACUACUGGUAUGCUUAAUUGUCUAUUCUGGAUAUUCAAUUUGUUCAUUGUAUUGUGCUAGUGAAUGGAGGCCCUGCUACUGCAAAUAUAAAGCAUAAUGUUUGUUUUAAAAAUGCAAACUAUUCUUGACCUUAAAAAAAUAAAAAUAUCUUUUGCUUUGUGUCUCGAAA